AUGGAAGGAGUAGAUAAUUCUACAUCAGAUGCAACAGUAGAUUCAGCUAGCAUUAAAUCUUCACAGAACGCACUUGAAGACCUCUCCUUGUAUUGUCCCAUAGAGCAAUUACAAGAGGAACACAAGUCUCUCAAUGAAUCGUUAUCCUUACUGUCAUCUCAAUUCGCCCAAAUACAAUUUCGUUUGAGGCAAAUAGUCAAUUCAAACGGUGAAACCAAAGAUGACUUGUUGAAAGAGCUACACGAUUAUGCUUUCAAGGGAGUGACUGAAACAUCCGUAAAGGAGGCCGACAAUGAGAUAUUGCGAAAACAAAGCGUUCUAAUGAAUAGUAUGAGGGAAAAAUUGGAAGAGCUGGAAAAAAAGGCUGAAAUUGAUGGUAAAUUGAAUAACAAAACUAUUAUCCAAAAACAGAGAUACGCGUUAGAGAAAUUAACAGAGAAGAUGAAGCUAAGUUUCGAAUUCAACGAUCUCAGUGCAACUGAGGUUGAUAUGCACGCAGAUGAAGCCAUCAGAGAAUUCAUGAACCCUUUUCGAGAAAAACAAGAACUAGUAGACCAACUUCAAGUGCAGAUCAUUGAUCUAGAGAGAUUCGUCAACAUUUUACAAAAUGAGGUCGUACGAGCGUCGGAAAAUGAUGAAACAAAAACAUCUGAUGGCUACACUUAUGAAUAUGCCCGUGAGAAGAAAUCUUUUCUUGAAUCGAUUCCAGUAUUUGGAACAAAGAAGUUUCAAAAGAAUCAGCUUAAGAAUAAUGCAAUUUAUAAUCAUUAUGGUGAUGAACGGGCUCAUCUCGAAAUAGCCGUUAAAGAAUAUGAAAAGUUAUUAAAGAAGUAUACCCUACUUGUGAUAGGGAACACAGAUAGUGAAGGAGAGCCAGCGGCUGAAAUAAACGGAGAAAAUAUAUUUAAACAGUCUCAGGAAGAAAUUGUUACGGUAGUACGCAAGCGAUUAGCGCCCACGCUCAAAGCUUUACUAGAGCACGGAAUGCGAAAGUGUGUGAACUACAACUCAUCAUCUUCCUCAUUCGGUUGUUUCAAUCGUCGAAGCUUACGAACUGGAAGCAAGACAGUGAAUUCGAAAUUAGAUCACAUAUGGGAUAUUAUAAUGUUUUUUUAUGAACAAAACAAUGGAAAAGACAGAUUAGGAGCCGUGCCAAAACUCUCACAAACAUUUGCAUUGGAUAACAUUGCAGGAAGAUCACCUACAGCUAAAGAAUAUUUAUUGACGGCUAUCGAAGAAAUAGCAACAACACAUGCUAAACUUCGAAGAUCCAAAGAUUCACAAUGGAAAGCAUUUGUGUCUGCAGCUAUCAACUCUAAAAGACUUCCAUCAUGGAUAAGAAUCAUUUUCCGAACACGCAUUGUAGUUGAUCAGUGUUAUCAUACGUAUAGUUACGUGGCACGUACAGGCUGCGAUGAAUUGAAUGAUAUAUUCGAACAUCUACAUGAAUACAACGUAUCUGUUCCUGUUGAUCUUGCGUUGAAACCAUUUGUUCAAAUGAAAGAAGCAUUUUAA